CGGCCAGGCGAGUUUCUCGCGCCGUCUACCUUGAAGCUUUGGAUCGGGCGCAGCGCAAGGCGUGGGGAAGGCGCGGCGCCCCCCGGCUGCACCUGCGGGGCUGCGGCGGGGGGAGGGCGCGGGGCGGCGGCGGUGGCAACAGCUCCCUCCCCCGCCUGGAUUGCGAGCAAGGCUCUUCUCCCCACCCCACCCCACAUCGCCCACCCACUUCGAGGAUCUCCGCGCCCCGGGCUCCACAUGCAUCUCUGAGCCGGAGAGCCGUGGAUCCCGGGCGUUCAUGUCACCCUUGGGUCGGAAGAGACCAGAUCCGAGGGUCCUGUGCUGGAAGGAAAUCUAAGAUGAAGUUAUGGGAUGUGGUGGCUGUCUGCAUGUUGCUACUCAACACAAUCUCCACCUUUCCUCUUCCUGAUGGCCAGACCCGCUCAGUGCUAGAGGGAGCUGAAGACGAUCACACUUCCAACCGGCUGCUGACUCCUUAUGCUGGCCAAAUGGACUCUAAUAUUUCUGAGGAUUAUCCCAAGCGGCUUGGUGACGUAGAAGAUUUCAUUCAAGCCACUAUAAAAAUCCUGAAGAGGUCACCAGAUAAACCGACGCCAUAUAGCUCCAAAAGGGAAAGAAACCGUCAACGUGCAGCAAAGAACAAUAAUAAUUCCAGCAGCAGAAAAGGACGGAGAGAUCCGAAGGGAAGGAACCGGGAUUGUGUCUUAACUGAGAUGCACUUAAAUGUGACUGACUUGGGCUUGGGAUACAACACCAAAGAAGAGUUGAUUUUCCGGUAUUGUAGUGGUUCCUGCGAGUCCGCUGUAACCGUGUAUGACCAAAUUUUAAACAAUUUAACCCAAAACAGAAAGUUGGCCAGUGACAAAAUCAGACCACAGCCUUGUUGCAGACCCAUUGCCUACGAUGACGAUGUUUCGUUUUUGGAUGAUGACCUAUCCACUUAUCACAUACUGAAAAAACAUUCCGCGAAAAGAUGUGGGUGUGUCUGACAUCCUUUUUGGGUUUGAUAUUGCAUUCCUGCUAAAGAAGGGUCCAAGGCUCUCAAGAAGAUGGAAUGAUGGCUUCAGAGGAAGGCAAGAGGACCAAGCAUAUGGGAGAACAACAACAAGAAGAAGACGGGAUAUAAAUCAAUCUAAAUAUAAUAAUGAUAAUAAUAAUAAUUGUGGGAGCCUGGUUGUUAGAAAUCCAACACAGGAGAAUUGGAUAGGAUACAACCGCUGGGGCGUUUUGUUUCUACAGGAAGGCAAAUAAGCAUCAAUGCUCAGGGGCAGAGAUCCAAGAUGGAUGGAAGAGACUUACAACAUUUGCUUUAAGGCGAUCCACUGUUGGCAAACCCUGGCAAGGCAGGUGCUUAACAACACAAUCUCUGUCGGAUAGCUUGCUCCGCUCCUCUUUGGGGUUUUUUCUGUUACGGAAUUGGAAGUAACAACCACCCACCACUGGCCUUGACCCCAAAAUUUUGGGCAGAGGGGCAGGGGAUCCUUUAUUUAUUUAUUUAUUCCAUAAAAUUUAUAUACCGCUAGAUUGUCACAGAAGCCUCAAAGCGGUUUACAAAAAAAGAUAAGAUGUUCACUAAAAAAUAAUAAUAAUACAAUAACAAUUAUUUAAAGCAUAGUAAAACGUUAAAACAUGAAAACCAGUUAAAACGGCGGGUGCAAAUACCUGCCGGCGAAUUUCAGCGGCGAACAUCAACGGCGAAUUUGCCACUUGAGGCAGAGCAGGCGGGAAAAUGGAAAGAAGUGAAGUAGCAAGGUAGUAGAAUGUGGGACUCUUAAGCCUGCUACUCAGCUUGCCCCAGGCACUGCCUUGGGUCAACGAUUGGGGAGGUUCAGCUGCCUGGCACGCGCCUGUGAUGUCAUGUGCACGACACGCAUCAUCAGAAGGCGAGGCGUCAUUGGCAGGAGGCCUUGCCCAGCGCUGCACAUUCGCUGGCUGCAGCUCCUUCUCUCUCUCAUGCCCAGAAGGAACCUGCCUUUUGACCAUGCUUGGUGGCUUGGCCUCUUCCACCCCUUUAAUAUUUUGGAGGGCUGAGCUCCCUGCUAAGGAAUAUUGAGGGGGCUGAUGGCACCUCUGCCCCCUAGAGUUGGCAUGCCUGCAGCAUACCCUGGUAUUAUAGAAACCACAGCAGCAGCACUCCUGUCUGUUCCCACCAGGAUAUUAUGAAGUCCUCUCCUCCUUGCACCGUCAGAGUCAGGAGACACCCCCCCCCCCAGCUAUGCUGUAGCUUCUCUGCUCAACAGUAUCAGCUUUCACAAAAUUAGGUUAGCGUGAGAAUGGAGAGGAACAGACUUUCCAUGUACAGUGGUACCUCGGGUUAAGUACCUCGUUCCAGAGGUCCGUUCUUAACUGAAGCACCACUUUA